AUGUCAGUUGUGCCCAUAAGGGUUAGGUCAAGGGAAGGAAGGGAGGCUGUGACGAGGGACUUUUUGGACAAUGGGAGUUCUACAUGCUUUUGUUCAGAGGCAUUAAUGAAGACAUUAGGUUGCACUGAGAUGCAAGACGUAAAGGUGAAUGUUGAAACCAUCAAUGGAACAGGGGAAAUUGCAUGUAGCCUAGUCUCAGGAUUGUCAGUAUUAGACUAUGAGGGUAAGAAUUGCAUUACACUCCCCCCAGUGUUGAGCACCUCCCGCAUACCUAUCGAUGAGUGUGAUGUGAUCAGGGCCGGAGAUCUGGAACGCUGGCCACAUCUGCGAGAAAUAGAUAUCCCAGAUGUGGAUGCCGAAGUGGGUUUGUUAAUUGGGAACAAUGUUCCACACUUACUUGAGCCGAGGGAAGUCAUUAACUCAACCCACCUCCAUGAGCCACAUGCCAUACGAACAUUAUUGGGCUGGGCAGUCUGUGGGGCAAAGGACAAGAGGUGUCAAGAGCACAUCAAUAGGAUCCAAGUAACUAGCAGGCGUUUGGAGUUGGACCGCAUGCUGGUGGAAGAUUAUAAUAGAGACUUCCAGGACAUGGCAUCUCCCAAAAGGGAAAUGUCUGCAGAAGAUAAGAAAUGGCUAGAUCUAAUUCAAAGGGGGGUUAGAACUGUAGAGGGGGGUUAUGAGGUGCCACUGCCUCUGCGCGACAAUCUUGGACCCUUGCCAGAAACAAGAGACAUUGCAUUGCUCCGUAUGCACAGUCUUCGUAAGAAGCUAAUGAAGGAUGGUACCUACGCUAAGCAAUACAGUGCCUUCAUGACCGAGAUGCUACAGAAAGGAUAUGCUGAGCGAGUGACCUCAGCCAGCCAGGAAAAUGUAUGGUAUAUCCCUCAUUUUGGUGUGCAACAUCCAGACAAGCCAGACAAGGUCCGUGUUGUAUUUGACUGUGCGAGCAGGGUGGAGGGCACGUCGUUGAAUGACCUAAUAUUGCAGGGACCCGAUAUGAUGAACUCUUUGCUGGGUGUGUUGGUUAAGUUUAGGGGAGGUCUGUUUGCCUAUUCAGGGGAUAUAAAUACAAUGUUUUACCAGGUACGGGUACCAGAACAUCAGCGGGACUACCUCAGGUUCUUUUGGUGGGAAAAUAGUUUUAAUGAGGAGCCAACUGAGUUUAGAAUGGCUGUACAUCUGUUUGGGGCCUGUUCGUCACCCAGCAUUGCGAAUUUUGUGCUGAAACAGACAGCAAGCGACUUUGGGAAUGGGUUCUCCAGGGAGGCACGGGACACCGUUGCUAACAAUUUUCUAUGUAGACGACUGUUUGAGAGCCGAGGAUCGUCAAGAUGCCUUGUUAAGUAA